UCUUCCCCAAAUUUCCCUUUUAGCUUCCUCCACCGAUUCACCUUCGUUCAGUUCACAUUUGAAUUUACAAUGACUUAAUUAUCAGACCCACUUGAUCUUAACCUUUUUUACCAAUUUUGUUUUCCUCAAAUUCUCGGAUUUUGACUUUUCAAACUCACAAUGAUCUUUCAACUUUUUCUUAUUCUUAUGCGACGACGAACUUAGAGGCAGAAUUAGAAUUAAACUCCUCAGGACUUGGUUUGAUUUUUUGUGGGUAUCGUUUCAAAUGACCAGAGAUGGCGGCCCAAGAGGCCGAAAGAGGGGUUUCUUCAACGGCGAAGGGGUUAUGGAAUUCUUUCACCAUUUAAUGGCGGAGAAGCCUUUUCUUCCAUUUCUGAUACCUUUGGUUCUGAUUGCUUGGUCUAUUGAGAGAUGGGUUUUCUCUCUCUCCAACUGGGUUCCUUUGGCUGUUGUUGUGUGGGCCACUUUACAGUAUGGGAGUUAUCAGCGCCAGUUAAUUGUUGAUGAUUUGAACACAAAAUGGAGGCGACUCAUAACAAACACAUCGCCUGAAACACCUUUGGAACCUUGUGCAUGGUUGAAUAAGAUGUUGAUGGAAGUAUGGCCAAAUUAUUUUAAUCCAAAACUUUCCACAAAGUUUACAUCCACAGUAAACAAACGGUUGAAGGACCGAAAGUCAAGGCUUAUUGAAAAAAUUGAACUGCUGGACUUUUCUCUAGGCUCAUGCCCUCCUAGCUUGGGUCUCAGUGGGACUCGAUGGUCAACUUGUGGUGAUGAGAGAAUCAUGCAUUUGAGUUUCGAUUGGGACACAAAUGAAAUGAGCAUUUUGUUGCAAGCAAAACUGGCCAAGCCACUCAUGGGAACUGCACGGAUUGUCAUAAACAGCCUCCAUAUAAAGGGUGAUCUUGUCUUGAUGCCUAUUUUGGAUGGGAGGGCGAUUUUAUUUUCAUUUGUUACGACUCCUGAUGUAAGAAUAGGAGUUGCUUUUGGAAGUGGUGGAAGCCAAUCAUUACCUGCAACAGAGCUCCCUGGUGUUUCCUCCUGGCUGGUCAAAAUUUUUACAGAUACCCUGGUUAGAACAAUGGUUGAACCUCGCAGGCGUUGUUUCUCUUUGCCAGCCGUUGAUCUGAGGAAAAAAGCUGUUGGUGGUAUUGUAUAUGUGACUGUCAUUUCUGCUAGAAAACUUUAUAGAAGUAGUUUGAAAGGAAGCCCAACCAGAAGGCAACAAAGCUACUCUGCUAAUGGUUCAUUCGGAGAGCAUCUGACUGAUAAAGAUUUGCAAACAUUUGUUGAGGUUGAACUUGAAAAGCUUAGUAGAAAAACUGAUGCAAGAUCAGGUUCAGACCCUCAGUGGAACACAACAUUCAAUAUGAUUUUACAUGAAGAUAUAGGAACUCUACGGUUUCAUCUUUAUGAGUAUAAUCCAAGCCAUGUGAAGCAUGAUUAUCUUGCAAGUUGUGAGGUUAAGAUGAAAUAUGCUGCAGAUGAUUCCACAACAUUUUGGGCAAUAGGACCAGAUUCCAGAGUGGUAGCCAAGCAUGCUGACUUUUGUGGAAAAGAAGUUGAAAUGGAUAUUCCAUUUGAAGGGGCCCAUUGUGGAGAGCUGAAAGUGAGGCUUGUUUUAAAGGAAUGGAUGUUCUCGGAUGGUUCACAUAGUUCUAACAGGUAUCAUGUUAGUCCACAACAAUCUCUCUAUGGGGCGUCGAAUCUUGUUUCUAGCACUGGAAGAAAAAUUAACAUCACAGUCGUUGAAGGCAAGGAUUUACCCACGAAAGACAAAAAUGGAAAGUGUGAUCCAUAUGUCAAAUUGCAGUAUGGAAAGGCUCUCCAGCGCACAAGAACUGCUCACUCCUUCAAUCCAACAUGGAAUCAGAAGUUUGAAUUUGAUGAGAUAGCUGGUGGUGAAUAUCUCAAGUUAAAAUGCCUUACUGAAGACAUCUUCGGCAACGAUAACACUGGCAGUGCAAGGGUGAAUCUUGAAGGAUUAGUAGAAGGGUCGGUUAGAGAUGUAUGGAUUCCUCUUGAAAAGGUGAAUUCUGGAGAGUUAAGGCUUCAAAUUGAAGCCAUCAGAGUGGAUGACAAUGAAGGAUCAAGGGGCUCAAGCUUAGCUCCAACAAAUGGUUGGAUUGAACUUGUUCUACUUGAAGCAAGAGACCUUGUUGCUGCUGAUCUCAGGGGGACAAGUGAUCCUUACGUGAGGGUCCAAUAUGGAAAGUUGAAGAAAAGAACCAAGGUUAUGUACAAAACUCUAAGUCCCCAAUGGAAUCAGGUUUUGGAGUUUCCUGACAAUGGCAGCCCUCUGCUGUUACAUGUCAAAGACCACAAUGCUCUGCUUCCCACAUCAAGCAUAGGAGAUUGUGUUGUGGAAUAUCAAGGGCUGCCCCCAAACCAAAUGUUUGAUAAAUGGAUACCACUUCAGGGGGUCAAAAGGGGAGAGAUACAUAUCCAAAUCACCAAGAGAGUUCCAGAACUAGAUAAGAGAUCUAGUUUGGAUUCAAGAACUAGUCUGGAUUCUGAAAUUCCCAUGAACAAAGCUCAUCAGAUUUCCAGUCAGAUGAAACAAAUGAUGAAUAAGUUACAAACUUUCAUUGAAGAUAGCAAUGUUGAAGGACUUACAACAGCAAUGAGUGAGCUAGAAAGUCUAGAGGAUCUGCAAGAAGAGUAUAUGGUACAGCUUGAAACUGAACAAAUGCUUCUAAUAAACAAGAUUAAGGAACUUGGUCAGGAGUUUCUCAACUCAUCCCCUUCCUUAAGCAGAAGAUCAUCUGGAUAUUAAUCAGAUCCAUUGGAAUCCUCGACCUAGCUAGUUUGCAGUACAAAUCAUGUCUCGACCUGCAUUUUGAGAUUCUGGUGCAAGUGUACAUGUUUUUUAGAAUGAGUCCAUAAAUACGUGUGGACCCUUCAUGUUCAUUUUCUUAUAGGAAUUCUUGUUUCUUCUGAACAAUUGGGAAGAAUUAGCUUCAUUUGUUAUAAGCUAACAGCCACAAAAAAUAUAUAGUGUAGAUGUGGACCCUCUGAUAUAUGAAUACAAUCAUGAUGAAAAGAAAAUGGUGCCCCUCA